CUGUGCUUUGGCCGAUGGCUGUGCGCAGCGCCCCCUGGCGGCCCUCAUUAGCAGGCGCUUAGUCACAGGGCUCCGCCCACGGUGCUCGCUUAAAAGGCAGCACGGAGCCCGCCGCCUGUGUGACCAUGAGCGUUGCAUCCAGCGACAGGAGCCUGGGAGAUGCAUCAGAGGAGAGGUGCUUUCUCAGCACCUCGGAGGCGAGCGCCCUGGAGCGGGAACUGCUGGACGAGUACCGCUUCGGGCGGCAGCAGCUGGUGGAGCUCUACGGGCACGCCAGUGCGGUGGCUGUGACCAAGGCGUUCCCCUUGUCCUCGCUGUCGCGCAAGCAGAGGACGGUGCUGGUCGUGUGCGGCCCCGAGCAGAACGGCGCCGUGGGGCUGGCGUGUGCCCGGCACCUGCGGGUGUUCGAUUACCAGCCCAGCGUCUUCUGCCCUGCGCGUCCGGCGGACGCGCUGCACCGCGACCUGACCACGCAGUGCGAGAAGAUGGACAUCCCCUUCCUGUCCUUCCUGCCCGCCGAGGUGCGGCUGGUGGACGCCGCCUACGGGCUGGUGGUGGACGCGGUGCUCGGCCCUGGAGUGCGGCCGGCGGAGGCGGGCGGGCCCUGCGCGCGCGCGCUGGCCACGCUGAGGCGGCUCUCCAUCCCGCUCGUGAGCCUGGAUGUCCCCUCAGGCUGGGACGCCGAGGCCGGCGGCGACUCGGAGGACGCGGUGCAGCCCGACGUGCUGGUGUCCCUCGCCGCGCCCAAGAGCUGCGCCGGCCGCUUCUCCGGGCGCCACCACUUCGUGGCCGGCAGGUUCGUGCCCGAGGACGUGCGCCGCAAGUUCGGCCUGCGCCUGCCCAAGUACAGCGGCACCGACUGCGUGGCCGCGCUGUGAGCGCGCCCCGCACCCCACCCCAAUAAACGCCUCUCCGCCUCG